AUGGACGCCGGCGCUUUCAACGGCCCUUUGAGGCCCAUCUUCAGCCUCGGCCAGCAUGAUUCGAACAGAGACCAGCCUUUGGAUGACCUCCAGUACGGCCAGCUCCUCAACGCUGGUAUCAGCUUUGUCACCACUCCCAUUACCAACAAGCAUUUCCAUGCCCGUGUGAAGGACCUCGUCUCUAGCCAUCUUGCCAAGGCCAAGCAAGGUGGUGCCUCCUUGGCGGAUGCUGUCGUCCCGCCGCUGACCCCCAAGGACACCUCGUUGUUCCCCAGCCAGGCGGUAACCACUUACAUCGCCUACACCAGCCCUUGGAUUGACCUUGCCUCAACGGACCCGGUCAUUGCUAGCGUGUCGCGGCAGGUCCUGAAUCUUGAGGUUGCCUACGCCAACUUCUGCGGCGUUCGAAGCAUUAUUGUACCGGGUCUGAGACGGGACGCUUCUAAGAAUGGCGGCAACCAGGGUGUUUCUCAGUACGCCCGUGCCAUUCAUGAGGCUAUGAACAUUGCAAGUCGCCUCAACUUCAUCAUCCACAUACCCAUGUACCGCGAGCCGGGUCUGGAUGAGUCGGUUGAGCUUCUAUCGGCUCUUUCCACCGAGCCCCACGGUGACGACAACAGAAACAUCGACAUCUACAGCGCCUGGGACUCGUGGCACACAGUUAGAAGCGUCUGCGAGUACAGCACUCGCCUUUACGUUUCCGUCAGAGUCCCCAAGGCCCUGCCUGAGAAGGAGCUCCAGGACAAGUGGUUCGCAGAACCCCUGCACUUCUUGUCUCUCGGCCCCAACGCCUUCCAGAAGAACAAGAGCGGCCAUCCCGCUCUGCCUAGAGCGCACCAGGAAAUGAUCUUUACCCUCAUGCGCCUCAAGAACGCUCCCUGGCUGCUGCUCAGCGACGUCGGUCCCGACCCGGCCUCGCUGACUGCCGAGGCCCAGCUCCAAGCCGUUUCUCUGGCUAACCAGGUUCCUACUGCCGCCGACUUCCCUAGCUUGGGCGAGGCUCACUCCGGACAACAAGGCACAGACACCCUGAAGACAUUCAGGACUCACGUCGCCUACCUCAAGUGGCUUGAAUCGCAGCAAAAACCCCUGUCUUAUCUCGAACAGGCCCCUCUCACUGCCUUCCAGGACUGGCUUCAGUCGCCCCUCCAACCGCUGUCCGAUAACCUCGAGUCAGCGACAUACGAGGUCUUUGAGGGCGACCCGGUCAAGUACAACCAGUACGAGGCUGCCAUCACGGAGGCCCUGGCCGAGUGGUCACAGCUGGGUAGAGCCACUUCGUCAAACAACGGCGCAGUCGUCAUUGCUGUGGUGGGCUCUGGACGUGGACCUCUGGUGACCAGAGCUCUUAGGGCCAGCGAAGCCACGGGCGUCCCGGUGCAGGUCUGGGCCGUUGAGAAGAACCCCAACGCUUACGUCUAUCUCCUUCGACAGAACGACAUGAUCUGGGGCGGAAAGGUCACGGUCGUCAAGACGGACAUGCGCGCCUGGAAGGGUCCUCUCCUCUCUGGCACCGCCGAGAAUAACCCGGUUUACGGCAAGGUCGACAUUCUUGUGUCGGAGCUGCUUGGCUCCUUUGCCGACAACGAGCUUUCGCCCGAAUGCUUGGACGGUGUCCAGCACGUCCUGGCCCCUCAGGGUAUUUCCAUUCCGGAGUCGUACACUGCGCACAUGAGCCCGAUUGCGACACCCCGCAUCCACGCAGACCUCCUCACGAGAUUGCCGACCGAGCCCAACGCUUUCGACACCCCGUGGGUCGUCCGUCUCUUUGCUAUUGACUUUGCUGCCCAGCGCGUGCCUGGCCACCCCCGCUUCCAGCAGGCGUGGGAGUUUACGCACCCCGUACCUGAGGCCACGCUCAAGCAGAUCGAGACCCGCCGCGCUGGCGGUGUCAUGGGCGGCGGAGGUGGAAGCAUGGCUGGUGCCGUCGGAGCCAACGACCACAACUCGCGCUUCUGCCACCUCACGUUCGUCUGCCGCACUAGGGGUGUCAUCCACGGUCUGGCCGGCUACUUCGAGUCGGUUCUGUAUGCGCCUCAGACCGGCAACAAGGAAAAGGUGGAGAUUAGCACACAUCCCGAGCUGAUUGACCGCAAGAGCAAAGACAUGAUCUCGUGGUUCCCCAUCUUCUUCCCUAUCAAGCAACCCAUCUACUACCCUGCCGACACUGAGCUGGAGGUCACGAUGUGGCGACAAACGGAUGACUCGAGGGUGUGGUAUGAGUGGCUCAUCGAGGCGUACACUUGGGUCAGCGAAACACAGCGGAUCAAGGUGGCGUCAUCUGAUCUAUGCAGCAGUCGCAAGGUUGCUUGUCUUAUGUAG